AACUUUGCAAGAUGGUUGAGAAGGAUCCUCAGCUUAGUGCUUUAGAAAUAGGCGAACUAGAUAUGUUCAUUGACAGUAUCGAACCAUCCCGCAUCGAUAGCAUAGGGAAUCAAGUGUGGAUCGACUGGCAUAUCCGACUUCAGAAACUCAACCAGCAAGCAGUGUUAGAAGCAACAUCUAUGCAAGAAGAACUUACUAAAGAGACAUUGAUUUCCUCUGGGAAGCUACCAAUUCUAGUCCACGAAGCGAUUUGUAUCCAAGUAUGGCGGUAUAAAGUUUACCCUCAAAUACUGAAACUGGAACCAGCACCCUCGAGUACGUUUGGAAUUUACAUGGUGCUGUACCAUGAAGCAGCGUCCGUUGGGCUCCUAGAGACGGUGCUGUACCACGAGGACGGCGCCCGGUGCCUGAGCGACGUCAUCGUCGACCUGCUGGGGUACGCCGUGGAGCAACUCACGGCGUUGCUGGCGCUACUCAAUAACGGAUAUUUGAAGCCCCAGAGCGCGAAGGAGCUGGAAUGCGAAACUGCGCCGGAAGAGCUCGAGCGAAGGCAGCGGGACCUGCAGUUUGACAUCAGCAUGCGGUGCAUCACUAUCGUGCGAUACAUAGCAGAACACAUGGAGGGAGCCGGAAUAGGCGCCUCGAUCGCGACGGGCCUCUACAUGACCAACGACGUGCCCUCAAUUCUAGCCCACUUGCUGCAGGAGGAACCGUGGCGCAAGACCACUGAGGCCGGCGAGCUUCAGACCUUUAACUUCGGUCGCUGGGCAAAGCCGUCCAAUGAUGAGCGACUGCAGAUGCACCGCACCGAGGUGCAGCUCUGGCUGUGCCUGCGCCAGCUGCUGCUGGAGCCACGGCUGGCGCACCAGUACCCCAUCGACGAGUGCCGCCGCACCGCCUUCUGCCGGCUACAAGCUCGACUCACUGAGAAUAUGUUAGACCAAGUGCCGCCGCUGGGCGAUCUCAAGCAGUUCCUGUGUCGUCUCUCCGUGGGCGAUUACUCGAACAUUAACGGCCGCACUAACGUGAAGAAUCCGGGCUGCACGCUCAUCGAGGUUGUGCCACAGAUAAAAGAUUCAUACGUGCGCCAAGUGCAUAAACGCACCAAAACGCUAGCUAAGCAGCAGCUCCGUCUCUUCGACUUGGACGGCAGCGACGAGUCGCGCAAAAUGGCCAAGCAACUCCUGGAGUCGUAUACCAGCGACGCGGCACUGGCCAUGGACGGCGGCGGCGCCAAAUGUGCCAAGUGCGGUGAGGCCGCCAGCAAGAAGUGCUCGCGGUGCAAGACCGAGUGGUACUGCGGCCGGGAAUGUCAGGUGCAACAGUGGCCGAAGCACAAGGAGUUAUGUGAUCAAUUCGCCAAAUUGUGCAUGUAGAGAUGAAGUGUUUCCGAAGUUUAACUUAUUUAAUUGUAUAGGUA